GUGUGUGUGUGUGUGUGUGCAUGAUCACGUGUUUAAAUCGACCGCCUUCAAGACUGGUUCAAACUCGUAUCUAUCCACGGACGACAACCUUAUUCAAAUUCACCAGUCACUGCAGCAGUUUUUCUUUGACUGACCGAGCGAGACAGCAUUCCACUUGAAACCUCUUGUGGACAAAGCUAUUCUCCUGCUAUGGGUAGUUUCUGCCACCUAAGAAGUCGGUGUCUCCUCAGCCAGUUCGGCCUACCAUUUGUCAUGCAUCGACAAUACAGCCUCGACAUUUCUGCUCAGCUUCUCCGAACGCAGGGCUAUGUGAACGGGCAAUGGAUCAAUGCUCCCUCUACCUUCCCAGUGCUGGACCCAGCGACGGGUGAAGAGAUUGCGAACGUCGCAGACUGCGGUCCAGCAGAAGCUAAACUAGCUGUCGACGCAGCCUAUAAGGCAUUCUACUCCUGGAAACAUCACACAGCGAAAGAAAGAAGUGUCCUUCUACGGAAAUGGUACGAUCUGUUGACGUUGAACAAGAAGGACCUUGCUAAGCUGAUCACUUUUGAGUGUGGCAAGCCCAUGAAGGAGUCCCUGGGGGAGAUUGCUUACGCUGCUGGCUUCCUGGAAUGGUUCUCUGAGGAGGCGCGCCGUGUCUACGGGGAUGUUGUGCCCUCGGCUGCCAAGGACCGUAAGAUCCUUCUGCUCAAACAGCCUGUGGGCGUGGCCUCAAUCAUCACUCCGUGGAACUUCCCCAGUGCUAUGAUCACCAGGAAAGUGGGUGCUGCCCUGGCCGCGGGCUGCACCGUCGUGGUGAAACCUGCCGAGGACACACCCCUCUCUGCCCUGGCGCUUGCUGAGCUGGCGAGUCAGGCCGGGAUCCCAGCGGGGGUGUUUAACGUGGUGCCCUGCUCCAGAGAGAAGACCCCCUCCGUUGGGACAGUCCUCUGCACAGACCCCCUGGUAGGGAAGGUCUCCUUCACUGGGUCCACUGCCACUGGAAAGAUUCUCUUGAAGCAUGCCGCCGACACCGUCAAGAGGGUUUCAAUGGAGCUGGGUGGCCAUGCCCCCUUCAUUGUGUUUGACAGUGCAGAUGUGGACAAGGCUGUGACGGGAGCCAUGAACUCCAAGUUCAGGAACUCGGGACAGACAUGUGUCUGCUCCAACCGCUUCCUGGUCCAGAGUAGGAUCCACGAUCACUUCAUAGAGAAGUUGGGGAAAGCCAUGGACGCAGAGCUCCGUCUGGGCCAUGGCUCUGACCCAAACACCACCCAGGGACCCCUCAUCAACGUCCGUGCCUCUGAGAAGGUGGAGCACCAGGUAAUGGAUGCAGUGUCGCGGGGGGCCAAGGUGCUAAGGGGGAAGCGUCUGGACGGCUCGUUCCAUCAGCCCACUCUGCUGGCUGAUGUCACCACAGACAUGCUGUGUACCAGAGAGGAAACCUUCGGUCCUCUCCUGCCUGUCAUCAGGUUUAACACAGAGGAGGAAGCACUUGCCAUUGCCAAUGCAUCUCAUGUGGGUUUAGCAGGGUACUUCUUUUCCCAGGACGUCAGUCAGAUCUGGCGGGUGGCGGAGAAUCUGGAGGUAGGCAUGGUGGGGGUCAACGAGGGUCUCCUCUCCACCCCAGAGGCCUCCUUCGGUGGGGUCAAACAAUCGGGCCUGGGCCGUGAGGGCUCCAAGUAUGGCAUCGAGGAGUACCUGGACGUCAAGUACAUGUGCUUUGGAGGGCUAACCCCCUGAGGGUCCACUGCACCCCCGCCCUCCAAGUAGAAAGCGGUGAUUUUGGGAAAAGGGAGGAUUCUUAGGCUCUAGUAACAGUUACUUACUCAUAUUUAACAUAAAACACUACAAUGGAUUACAAUAAUCAAAUAUGAUUCCUUCACAAAUGAUUGUGAUUCUGAUCCUCUGCAUAUGUUGUCAUUGAGAGCCUUCAUCUCUCAGAUACAGGGAAAGCAAUAUUAACAAACAUAUGUUAAUGCAGUACAACUUAACUGGGAGUCCUGCAGGCUGAUAUGGAGUAUAGGAAAACCUUUCAUAGUAUUGAAAAUGCCAUUGGUGGUUGCACUAUUAUCGCUAACGCCAUGGUUCAUAGAUACAGUUGAAGUCGGAAGUUUACAUACACUUAGGUUGGAGUCAUUAAAAAUAGUUUUUCAACCACUCCACACAUUCCUUGUUAACAAACUAUAGUUUU